AAACCAAAACUUAUUAACUCUUCUUCUUCUUCUUCUUUCACUUCUCUCUCUUUGAACUCUGAUAUUUCCAACGUGUAUUUACUGAAACUCAAACUGAGAAAAGAAAGAUGAAUAAUAUGAAUAUGAAUAACUUGAGCAAUAACAUGGAUUCCUCUUGGCUAGGUUUCUCUCUUUCUAAUAAUAAUAACCAUCUCACCUCCUCUUCCGACUCCUCUCAUCUCUGCCUCUUUGAAGCCUUCACCUCCUCCACCGCCACCGCCACCGCCACUUCAGGAAAUGUUGCACCGAGAGAAGAAGCCGGUACUGGUACCGCUGGUGCAACUGACUUAUCUAUAUUCUCCGGUAGUCCUAAACUCGAGGAUUUUCUUGGCGGUUCUGGAGCUGCACCGCCACUUGCUCCACCUCCUCAUCAUCAUCAACAUCCACAACAUCAUCAGUUUUCUACGGCUGACACUCACGAGAUUUAUGACUCCGAGCUCAAAACCAUAGCCGCGAGCUUUCUUCGCGGUUUCUCUACUGAACAAACAGAUGCCCAGAAACAUCAACAACCACAACAACAACAAACUCAGCUUGUUGCCGCUGAGCCCACUCCAAGAAAAACCGCUGACACCUUCGGCCAACGCACCUCCAUCUAUAGAGGCGUUACUCGACAUAGAUGGACUGGAAGAUAUGAAGCUCACUUGUGGGAUAAUAGCUGCAGAAGAGAAGGCCAAAGUAGAAAAGGAAGACAAGUUUAUUUGGGUGGUUAUGAUAAAGAAGAGAAAGCAGCUAGAGCUUAUGAUCUUGCAGCUCUCAAAUAUUGGGGUCCAACCACCACUACAAACUUUCCGGUUUCUAACUAUGAGAAGGAAGUAGAGGAAAUGAAGAAUAUGACUAGGCAAGAGUUUGUUGCUUCUCUUAGGAGGAAAAGUAGUGGUUUCUCUCGAGGGGCUUCAAUUUACAGAGGAGUUACAAGGCAUCAUCAACAUGGUCGAUGGCAAGCUAGAAUAGGUAGAGUUGCCGGCAACAAAGAUCUCUAUCUUGGCACAUUCAGUACUCAAGAAGAAGCAGCAGAGGCGUAUGACAUUGCUGCAAUCAAAUUCAGGGGCCUAAAUGCAGUAACAAACUUCGAUAUGAGUCGAUACGACGUUAAAAGCAUUGCAAACAGCAACCUCCCCAUCGGAGGAAUCAACGGCAAGUCCAAGAACUCCUCGGAAUCAGCCUCCGAUAGCAAGAGCCUAGACGGGAGCCGGUCGGACGACACACGUGACAACAUCUCCUCGGCAUCAUCAGUCGCCUUUGCAUCUCACCACCCUGCAGCUGCAACCUCAACUCUAAGCUUUGCAAUCCCCAUCAAGCAAGACACAUCAGAUUACUGGUCUAACAUUCUUGGUUAUAACCAAAACACCAAUGCCAAAAACCUCACCAUGACUCCAACUUUAUUUCCCUCUACCAGUUUUCAGAACCCCUCAACUUUCCACAUGGAUUUCUCAGUGAACUCUUCAGUAAAUGAAAGCAACAACAAUGGGGUAAUUAUGGAUGGAGGGUUGUAUGUUGAUCAUCAUCCUCCUCAGCAGCAGCAGCAGCAAAAUGGUACAACAACAACAACAAAUUCAGCAACCAACAUUGCCUUGAAUAGUAGCAAUGGGAAUAGUUAUAAUGAGAGUGGUGGUGGUUAUGGUAGCUGGAAUAUAGCACAAAAUCUGCAUUCUUUACAGGCUGCAAAGGCUAAUCUAUCAGUGUUUCAGACACCAAUUUUUGGAAUGGAAUGAAUGAGAAUCUGUGCAAUGUGAAGGAGGAUUUCGAGUUGGAAACAAAACCAAACCCAAAAAAAAGAAAGAAAAAAAUUGUUUGAUAAUUUUGUGUAAUGUGAAGUAGGACUCAGAGAUAGCCUGAUGGGUCAACUUUUUACUUAAUACAUGAAAAAUCAUGAAAUGAAGAGAAAGACUUUCUGACAGAGCUGACUGUACUAGUACUAGUACUAACUCUACUUCUACUCUGUUUGUUUAAAAAAAAAAAAAAGGAGAAAG